ACGGCGUGCACCAUGUGUUUUCCCCACGCAACCCGACAGCGUCCAGCGCGAACCCCCCAUACGCCACCACCUACCGACGCGACGCGUCGUCAUCAUCACCAGUGAUCCAUCCUCAUUCUCCUCCAAGAACCCGGUGGAACGUCGCGAGAUCGCCGGCCAUGCCUUCUCUCGCUGAGCAGCGCUCUCACUGAUCUUAAGCUGCGGCUCCGAGACUGGCUCGCUGCUUAGCCCGUCGGACCAUCCCUCCAUGACGCCGGAGGUGAAGGUGCCGCUGCUGGAGGGGCGGGGCGCCACGCCCGCGCAGACGCUGGGGAACAUCGUCGUGUCCAUCGUCGGCACCGGCGUGCUCGGCCUGCCCUUCGCCUUCCGCACCGCCGGGUGGCUCGCCGGCGCCCUCGGCGUCGCCGGCGCCGGCGCCGCCACCUUCUACUGCAUGCUCCUCCUGCUGGAUUGCAGGGACAAGCUGCGGGAGCAAGAAACAGAGGAGGACGGACUCGGAGUUGAGCAGCGCUGCCAUGGCGGCAACUACACCUACGGGGAUCUGGGCGAGCGAGGCUUCGGCCCCAUCGGUAGGUACUUCACGGAGGCCAUCAUCAUCAUCGGCCAGACCGGCGGCAGCGUGGCCUACCUCGUCUUCAUCGGCCAGAACCUCAGCUCCGUGCUCCCCGCGCUCUCGCCGCCCGCGGUCGUCCUGGCGCUCCUGCUGCCGGCCGAGAUCGCGCUCUCGUUCGUCCGCUCCCUCUCCGCGCUGGCGCCCUUCAGCAUCCUCGCCGACGCCUGCACCGUGCUGGCCGUGGCCGCCGUCGUCAAGGAGGACGUCCAGCUCCUGGCCGAGCGCGGGCGCCCGUUCGCCGGCCGGAGCGCGUUCGCUGGGCUCUGGGGCGUGCCGUUCGCCUGCGGCGUCGCCGUGUUCUGCUUCGAGGGGUUCUGCCUCACGCUGGCGCUGGAGGCGUCCAUGUCGAACCGGGGCAGGUUCCGGCCGGUGCUCUUCCAGGCCAUCGUCGGGGUCACUGUCGUCUACGUCGGCUUCGGCGUCUGCGGCUACCUCGCCUACGGCGACGCCACCCGGGACAUCGUCACCCUCAACCUCCCGGACAACUGGUCCACCGCCGCCGUGAAGGUGGUGCUGUGCGUCGGGCUGGCGCUGACGUUCGCGGUGAUGAUGUACCCGAUCCACGAGAUCGUGGAGGCGCGGCUGCUGGCGCCGGGCGGGUGGGUGCGGAGGCGCUGCGGCGGCGUGGUCCAGCGGGCGGCGCUGCACCUGAGCCGCGUGGCGGUGGUGGCGGCGCUGGCCGCGAUAGCGUGCUUCGUGCCGGCGUUCGGGGACUUCGUCGCGUUCGUGGGGAGCACGGUGUGCGCGCUGCUCUCCUUCGUGCUGCCGGCGCUCUUCCACCUCCGCUUCGUGGGGCCGACGGCGAGCCCGUGGGCGCUGGCGGUGGACUACUUUUUGUUGCUCGCCGGUCUGGUGUUUGCUGGCCACGGGAUGUAUACGGUGUUGGCACCGAGUGACAGUUAGAAAAUGCUCAUCAAUUUCGUACAGUA